UGGCGAUCAGUAUCCCUCGAAACCCAGUGGAUCACCGAUCAAUGGAAAGAGCUGAAGAUGUCGGCUUGGUCAUGUGAUCAGCUGUGUCCAAUCAUAGCUGAUCACAUCAGUGCCACCUGUUAGUGUCUAUCAAUGCCAGCUGUCAGUGCCCAUCAAUGCCACCUGCCAGUGCCCAUCCGUGCCACAUCAAUGCCACAUAUCAGUGCCUACCAGUGCACAUCAAUGCCACAUAUCAGUGCCCAUCUGAGCUGCCUUUCAGUGUCACCUAUCAGUGCCAGUCACGCCACCUAUCAGUGCUGCCAAUCAGUGCCACCUAUCAGUGCCAGUCAGUGCUGCCUAUCAGUGUCACCUAACAGUGCAAGUCGGUGCCACCUAACAGUGCCAGUCGGUGCUGCUUAUCAGUGCCAGUCAGUGCCGCCUAUCAGUGCCACCUAUCAGUGCCGCCUAUCAGUG